ACCCGCUUUCUAAUUGCUUAAUCCAGUUUAAAGUAUCUCCCUACAAUCAGAUUGUUGAUUUGAAGACAUAUCAAGUGCUUGAUGCAUUUCUUUUGUUACAAAGUUCAAUAUGUACUUGCUGGAGUCACCUGCACACUCCUGCAAGAGUAAAUUUACAGCAUUAACAAUUAGUACUAGUCAUUUUUGCUGGUAAAUUUCAAAAUCAUUCUUCCAACAUUGACCUUGUUAGGAAUUAGAGGUUUUUUAAUAUAUCUGUAAAGCUUUAAAAGUAGCUGGAUGUGAAUAUCAGAGUGGGAAAAUAAAUUGCAUAAGGUCAUCUUAGCAGAAGAUACAACUAAUAUAAUAAAAUUAGAAAAUGAGGUACAGGCAAAACAUUUUUUAUCUUGAAUUUGUGUACAUAUAUUGUGCAGGUCUUGUAGCAAAACUGUCUGAAUUUUUACCUUGGAACACUGGAACGAUAAAGCUCUUUUUAUCUCAAACAGGGUCUGUUGUGCAUUGCCCUGGAAAAUUAUCAGUGUUAUGCAAGUUGCCAGUAACAUUUAGUGUUUUAUAGCAGCUUCUUUCUAAGUGAAUCUGCAUGGGGAGUGAUUACAUUCUGCAGCAUGGUAUUUUGACAUUUACAUCUUAAAGCCAUUUCUGAAAAUGAAGCGUGGAAACAUCCCUAUCAAUUGUUUACAAGGUCUCUCUAAUAUUUCUAUGUCAGCUAUAGCCUGUAUUAGUUCCUCCACUGACCAUCAAAGCUGUUAGAGAACUGCUUAGAAAAAGCAAAUGUAGCUCAGAUCUUUGGAUGCAGCUUGCAACUAUGGUCCCUGUGAACAGGACAAAAGUAGGUCCAACAAGAAGCCAUUUUUUGCUUCUGAAAACUUGUGGCUUUUCAAAGUCACUGUCACAAAAGGGCUGGGAUUGCCAGUGAGGAUGUGGUCAAUAUGCAGUGGCAGGGCAGCAUCUGCACUGCUUUUGCAGUGGAGGACAGAGGCUGCCUGGCCUGGUGUAAGGCCUGAUGCUGCCAAGCUAGCCCACCAAAAUCUGGUAGCAGAUCUGAGGUGGCUGGACAGAGUAGGUUCAAGCAGAGUCUGUGCCACACAUCAUUUUGCCACAAAACUUCUCAUCUGCUGGUACAGAUCUGUUACCAGAUUUAUUGUGUAAUUAGAGUGCCAUAAGUACUUUGAGCUGGAAAUACUUUUAAGUUCUUUUGUACAUAUAAAAAUAAACCCAAGUUAUAUCAGGUGAUCAAAGCAGCUGUUAAAGCUGUUUUACCCACAGCAUGACCCACUGCAGCCAUUUUCACUGUUUCCUGCAGGUGGAGCAAUAUGUUGGUGAAAUUAAAGGUGGCCUGAGACCAACCAUGAAACUCACAAUCAUAGGCAUGGUACACUCCAAACCCAAGAGCUUUUCAGUGACUCUGCUCUGUGAUCCGGUGGAUGCCAACAAAGACGUUGGGCUGUUAUUUACAGUUAACUUCAGUGAGAAAUCCAUCACCCGAAAUGCACGAAUUGCUGGGAAAUGGGGAAGAGAAGAGAAGACUAUUCCCUACUUUCCAUUCACAGCAGGCGACACGUUCAAGAUGGAGCUCUUAUGUGAACACCAGCAGAUACGAGUGUUGCUUGACGGACGGCAGCUCUGUGACUUCACUCACCGCAUUCAGCCUCUGAACCUGGUGAAGGCUUUGCGGAUCUCCGGGGACAUCAAGCUUACCAAAGUGGCUUGAAAAAAAGGAGACCACAACAUCACCAGAGGACAGAGGAAAAUGUGCUCUUGUCUCAGACAUGUUUUGUCUUUUUCCCCAGCUGAUUCUGGAGAAUGGGAACCGUAUCUUUUUAAUUCACUGAUGUGUUUGAGAUACACACUUUUUUCCCCCAUAUACACUCAGCAAUUGCAGAGCUAUGGCUGGUCUGGAUAAAUCUCAAAGCCUUUGCUGAGAUACACUUCUGGCUUCCCAAACUGCAAGAUUUAUGCUGCUAUGCAGUAUGUCACAUCUUUAUGGCUUCUUACCCCUCAGGUAUGCCAGGUGGCAGAGCUCACUCCUCUGUGGUGGGCGGCUGUUGUAAGCCUUGUGACUAGAAGUGGGCAUUAUGAAGGUGGUGGGUCUGAGAAAAGAGAAGCAGGAAAUUUUCUUUUAAAUGAAUAAGGGGUUCUGAUGGGCCCCAGCAAGGCCCAUGUUAUCAGGAGGGAAUUGCUUUUUCUGGAAGCUCUGCUCAUUCAGCACAAAACCAUCUGAGUUCCCCAGCAGAGAGCAAUAAAUGCCUUAUUUGACUUACCCUGUCUCUUCCAGGCAGCUUUUCCAGAAGUGAAAGGUUUUGACAGCUGUGGAUUUCACAGUCUUCUCUGGACCAGCCCUAGGAAAUGGUAUCUGUAGCUGAAACUGCACUGCCCAUUCUUGUUCUUGUUCUUGUUCUAAAACUGCAGCUUUGCUGGCAAACUUUUUUAUGAGCUCUCUUAAAUAUUUGAACGCAUGUAAGUAUUGUGCUGUUAUUUCAUUGCUGUAGCUUUUUAGGAAAAUCCUAAAUACAUAGCUAUUUAAAUAAAUAAAUAAAAAAGCAUGUAUCAUAUUCUGCCUUUGGUGAUGAAGGGACUUAUU